AUGGCCAACGCGUCGCAGUGUCUGGAGGAGGGCUCGGGGCGCUGGCCGCCGCCGGCCGGGCCGUACAGCGAGGCGCAGCGCCUGGCGCUGGAGGAGCUGGUGGCGGGCGGCCCCGAGGCGCUGCGCGCUUUCCUGCGGCGGGAGCAGCUGCCGCCCUUCCUGUCGGAGCCCGAGGUGCAGGACAUCGCUCGGGCCGCGCUGCCGCCCGCCGCGGGCCCGGAGCCGGCGGCCGAGCCCUCGGCCGGAGCCUCGCUGGACGCCUCGUCGCUCACCUACUUCCCCGAGCGCUCGGACCUGGAGCCGCCGGCGCUGGAGCUGGGCUGGCCGGGCUUCGCCAGCGGCGCCUUCCGCGGGCUGACGCGGGUGGAGGCGCAUUUCCAGCCCGGCUGCGGGGACAGCAUGUACGGCUGCAAGGAGGCGGUGCGGCGGCAGAUCCGCUCCGCCCGGCAGAUGAUUGCCCUAGUUAUGGAUUCCUUCACAGAUACUGAUAUCUUCACAGACCUCUUGGAAGCCUGUAACCAACGGCAAGUUAAAGUAAUCCUUCUAGAUCACUCUUCAUUUUCUCACUUUCUAAAAAUGUGCAAGGAUCUGGGAGUAGACCUUGAGCAGGAAAAGUUGAUGAGGGUUCGGAUUAUCAUGGGGCAAUACUGCACCAGGUCAGGCACCAAAAUCAUUGGAAAAGUCCGUGAAAAGUUCAUGUUAAUUGAUGGCAUUAGAGUGACAACAGGCUCCUACAGUUUUACAUGGACAGAUGGGAAGCUGAACAGCAGUAACAUUUUGAUCCUCGGCCCCGCAGUCGCGCACUUUGACCUGGAAUUUCGGAUUCUUCAUUCACGGUCAAAGCCUAUCAACCUCAAAGAGUUUUCCAGCUGCAAGAAGAACAGGGUGUGGGACCAGCUGUUCAGGAUAACAGUGGCUUCCAGAGACGUGACCAGGGAACACUUCCUGAGAAUGGAAUUUUUGUAUCUGAGAGCAUUUGUAGGAGAUCUGAAGAGGAAGAGGAGCUGGCUGCAUGCCUCCAGGGAGGCCCUGUACUCCCCAAAUAACACGCUGCACACCUCUCCCCCGCUGACUAAGAGGAAUGGCUCCCUGGUUAUGAGGCCACACUGGAUCAUAGAGAGAUGAACUGCAUGUCCAUGCAGAGCAAGAAGCAGAACCUCAGGAACCACGUCCAUCCAUCCCUGUCCAGCACUGUCUAGCAGUGUGUUUGUGAGGGCAGCUGGGAAAGAAACCUCAGACUGAGAGAAAGUGAAACUGGCAUUGUGGCUUUGUUUGAAGAGUACUAUAAAGCCAUUAAUGACUUCUACUAUUCUGUUACACUUUCAUUUCUCAACCUCUUCAUGCAUGUUUUAAGCUGUCGUGUUGGCUCGGUAGCUCAACUUUUUUUUUUUAAGAAAUCUAGGUAUUGAAAUUUAUAUUGCUUGAAAGUCUGUUCCAAGGUGAAAGCAGGCUCUGAAAUGAGUCUUGCUCUUGUGUUGUACAAAGUCUCCAUUAACUAGUUCAUGACACAGAAUAGGAAUAACCCUAAUCUAGAAACCAGUGGGUCAGUACCACACUACUACUCCUCUAAUGUUACAUUUUCUUCUUACAAAGCUAUGCUGGCAGGCAGAACGAGCUAAUGUGUCAGCAAACAAGGCUUUAGCAGUGACUGAAUUUCAAAUGGCCUUUAUAUUAGCUGUUUGAAUUGCUGGACAUCAUGCAAUAAACAUAUGCAAGUGGUAAUUUUCUAAAGGACCCACUAUGUUUGUAGGAGAGCCAAAUGAGACCAAUUCCUUGACAUUACCAGACAGACUUUUUGUUUUCUUUGUGGCUGCUGCUGC